AUGAUACCAACACCAAAUCUAGAUCAUAUAACAAGCAAUGAUUAUAAUUAUGUAUAUGAACCAGCAGAGGAUACCUUUUUAUUCCUUGAUGCAUUAGAAAAUGAACAAAAUUUCUUAAGAAGUAUUUUAAAACCUUGCAUUUGUUUGGAAAUUGGAUCAGGUUCAGGAUGUAUUUCUACAUUUCUAGGAAUGUUAAUUGAUAAAAAUACAUCUUUGUUAUUAUGCACAGACAUCAACCCAUAUGCAACUUCAAUAACGGUUAAAACUGGACACCAAAAUCUUAUACAAUUAGAUGCAAUCACAACAAACUUAACAUCAGGACUUUUACCAAGACUUAAACACUCAAUUGAUUUAUUAUGUUUUAAUCCGCCGUAUGUUGUUACUGAUUCUGAAGAAUUAAAUUCAAAUAAUAAUAAUAUUCUUGACAAAUCUUGGGCUGGCGGAAUUAAUGGAAGAGAAGUAAUUGAUCAGAUGUUGAUAUUAGUUGAUCAUAAUAUUAAAUCAAAACCCAAACCAAAACCUCAUCCACUUAUACUCGACCCCAGAAGCAAUGUAAACGAGCCAAUCAACAAUUCAUUCCCAAAUUUUUUCAUACCUAUUUCUCCCUCUGUACGUAAAGCAAUAUCUCCAGACAUGAGACAGUCAUGGAUAUUAAAUAGCCCUAUCACAAAUUCUGAGGCAGAAGAAACAUUAAUACAACCAACUCCAAUACUUGAAAACAAAAUGCCAACUGCCAACAUAAGUAGUAAUAAUGGUAUUAAUGGCAUCAAAUCAUCAGAAAGAAGUGAAAGGUUAAUUGAUAUUUCCUUGUCGUCAUCAUUACCAUCGACAAUCAAUGAAAUAAGCGGUUCCGAUCCUCAAUUACUAGAUAAUUAUAAUUUAACAUUAUCGCCUACUUUAACAGGUUCAAGUAGACCGGUUUCGAGUGUUUCUUCGGCUACAAAUGUAGACAACGAAUAUGAUGCUUUAUCGGACUCGUCUCAUUCCUUGUCAUCUUCAUUUUCGGCUUCCAUACUUACAAGUCAUCGUGAUAGUCUGUGUGACACUGCAUCAAGCCUAAGUGCAUCACCUUGUCAAAGUGAAUUUAACUAUAAAAAUCAUAAAAGGAAAUCACUCGAUUUCCACAAUCCUUCACAACAACACAUCAACAAUAAUACCAAUCUUCCCGAUCAUCAUCAUCGAUUUUCAGUACCAACAGUGACCAACGAAUCUGUAUCAAACAAUCCCACAAAUCGAUAUUAUCCCACGUCACGUCGUGCAUCUAUGCCUAUUAUUCAUAACAACGAUUCUAGCACUAUCUCAACUUUAUCAAAAUUUCAAUUCAACGAAAAAAUAUCUCGCGCCUCGAUCAGAAUGAGUAUUAAUGAUAUUAUGCAAAAAAGAUUGCAUAUUGCAUUGGAAAUUUUAACUACUGAACGCCAUUACGUUGAAUGUUUGUUACUUGUUCAAAAGUUAUUCCUUAAUCCACUACUUAAAUCUCUUUCUACACUAAAUCCAAUUCUAAGUAAAAAAACAAUAAACAAAAUAUUUGCAAAUAUGUUGGACUUGAUAAGUGUAAAUUCUGAAUUGCUUAAAAGAUUGGAGGAGAGGGUUUUUGGAUCAUUGGAGGGGAAUACAGAUGAUGAUGAAUUUUGGAAUCCGGAGGAUGGUUGUUUAGGAGACAUUUUCCUUAAUAUGGCGCCAUUUUUCAAGAUGUAUUCUAUUUAUGUAAAAAAUUUUAAUUCGGCACUUGCAGUAAUUGAUGCAGAAUUAAGGGAUAAUCCAAAUUUUACUGCUUUUUUAAGAGAUGUGAUUAAAACAGGACAAUGUAAAGGUCUUACUUUGCAAGCAUAUUUAAUAAUGCCAGUUCAACGAAUCCCUAGAUAUAAAUUACUAUUAGAGGAUUUGCUAAAGAAAACACCUGAUUCGCAUUCUGAUUAUCUUAAUCUAAAGAAAGCUUAUCAUGUUAUUGAAAAUGUUGCAACUUUUGUUAAUGAAACAAUUCGUCAACAUGAAAUGUUUAUAGCUAUGUUGGAAAUUCAAAGAUUUCUAACUGGAUUUGAUGAAGCAGUUUUAAUACCUGGUAGAACUUUCAUUAAAAGAGGAAGGGUGAAAAAGAUAUGCCGGAAAAAUCAUCAAGAGCGCGAAUUUUUUUUAUUUUCUGAUAUUUUGAUUUAUGCAAGGAUCAAAAGUAUCCCAUCAAAAACAUCCACCACAAUAUGUUUAUUUGUUAAUACUCUGUCACAAGUUUUACCGCACAAAGCGGAAUCUUCACGUUUAAAUAGAAGAGGGGAAUUGAAAGAAAAAAAGAGACGGUUUCAACCUACUCUUGAGAAGUAG